GUACUGACACGCACGGACGGAGCCAGUUUUUCAUUUUUUUUCAAAAAUAGUAGGUAUAAUUAGGGUGUAUUUAGAAUUUGAAGCCAACAAAAAUAAAACUUGGCCCCUACAGUUUCUAAAACCAAAAAAGAGCCCAAAUAACAUCUAUAAAAAUUAAUUCAAAUAGCCUAAGUUUAUCAAUAAACCCAUGGUUUAAGCCUUUCAGAAACAAAUAUAAAUAUAAAAAUAAAAACCAGAUUCCAGUCCGUAAAAUCUCUUCAAAUUUACCCCCCAAAAAAAAAAAACCCUAAAAUACCAGUCGAAUAGCAAAUGAGACUGUGACCGAGUGUGUCUCACAAGUUGCGCCUCCUUUGCUCUGGAAAGUGACGCCACGCCGGCGCCGCCACAAGCAUCAUAUCGCCGUGCCUAGCCCAAUCUGCUCUCCUUCUUUUGGUAUUUCAUAUUUUUUUGAAAUAGAAAUUCACAAAUUCGUAUCUUUUCCAUCAUCAUCUCCAUAUAUUUUUUAGGUUUCCUCUUCUCUGAAUCACUCACUCACUCAAACUGAGCUGAAGAAAAAAAAUGUCAAUAACCAGGCUGUUGUUUCUCCGACGAUGCUUAUACAACGACCAAACUCCCAAACUCACUUUCCUCUCCUCCCAUUUCCAAUCCUUCUCUUCUUCUCCUUUUUCUGAUGAUCCCAUUUCUCUCUCUGUUUCCUCGGAGCUCCUUAACAACCUGAACUCCGACCCGCUUCCGAUCUCCGAACGCCUCCACCUCAAGUUCUCUCACAUCAACCCAACGCCAUCUCUCAUCCUCUCCACUCUCAAUCUCUCUCCCGAAGCCGGCCGUACAGUCCUCGGCUUCCACCAAUGGCUCCUCUCGAACCCUAACUUCACUCACUCCGACGAAACUGUGUCGUUCUUCGUCGACUACUUCGGCCGCCGCAAGGACUUCAAGGCCAUCAACGAGCUCCUCUCCUCUUCUCGUCUCUCGCCGUCGCUCGGCCCUAAAACCCUGCAUGCCGCCAUUGAUAGGUUGGUCCGAGCAGGAAGGCCUGCCGAUACGGUGUCGUUUUUUGAAAAAAUGGAGCGAGAAUACGGCCUUAAACGCGAUCGCGAGUCGCUCACUCUGGUCGUCGAGAAGCUUUGUGAAAAUGGUUUUGCUAGUCAUGCGGAGAGGAUGGUGAAGAAUUUGGCGAAUGAGUUUUUCCCUGAUGAGAAGAUUUGUGAUUUGUUGGUGAAAGCUUGGUGUGUGGAUGGGAAGCUUGAUGAAGCUAAGAGACUUGCUGGGGAAAUGUAUAGGGGAGGGUUUGAGAUUGGUGUUUCUGCGUAUAAUGCGAUUCUUGAUUGUGUUUGUAAGCUUUGUAGGGACAAGGAUCCGUUUAGGCUUGAUUCAGAGGCGGAAAAGGUUUUGGUUGAGAUGGAUGUUCAUGGGGUUCCUAGAAAUGUGGAGACUUUCAAUGUGUUGAUUGGGAACUUGUGUAAGUUGAGGAGGACCGAGGAGGCAAUGAAGUUGUUUCAUAGGAUGGGGGAAUGGGGUUGUUAUCCGGAUGAUACCACGUUUCUCAUGUUGAUUCGGAGUUUGUAUCAGGCUGCGAGGGUGGGAGAAGGUGAUGAAAUGAUUGAUAGAAUGAGGUCCGCAGGUUUUGUGAGUAAGCUUGAUAAGAAAGCCUAUUAUGGGUUCUUGAAGAUUUUGUGUGGGAUUGAGAGGAUUGAUCAUGCUAUGAGUGUUUUCAAGAAGAUGAAGGAGGAUGGGUGCGAACCCGGGAUCAAGACUUAUGAUUUGUUGAUGGGGAAGUUGUGUGCUCAUAGUCGUGUGGAUAGGGCCAAUGCGCUUUUUAAUGAGGCGAAGAAGAGAGGGGUGCCGGUGGAGCCUAAAGCUUAUAUGGUGGACCCAAGAUUUGCGAAGAAAAAGAAGGUGAGGGUUGUGAAGAGUAGUGUGAAGAAGAGGGAGACGUUGCCGGAGAAGAUGGCUAGGAAGAGGAGACGACUUAAGCAAAUUAGAUUGAGUUUUGUGAAGAAACCGAAGGGAAUGAUGCGACGUGCCUUCUGAGAUCGUUUGUAAUUUUAUUUUAGCACACCUUGUUGGAAUUUUUGCUAGUGCUGCAGCUGCUUCUCUUUGGUUUCAAGUGAAGGGAUCUCUUCCUAGCAUGCCUGAUAGGAAAUCAGUUUUGGCUCUUCGUCAGUCUCAUUAAGGAACCAAGUUGUUCAUGAAAGAAGUGUGUUUUAUGUUGAAGAUCUUAUCUGAAAUUUGGUCAAAGUUUUCAAUGAACAUUGGAGCUGUUGAAAAACCAGAACAGUCUCGCCCUCAAGCGCAAGGUUAUUGAUUUGGCAAAAACCAGCCCAAGAUCAGUUAAAGAUGAAUUGUGAUGCAGCUGUUGGGACAGAGCUCUCAUAUGUAGCAGUGGUAGUUAGAGAUUGGAGAGGGACGUUGGUUUUUGCUUUAUUAAAAAAGGUGAAUACCAAGGUCCCUGUCCAAGCGGAAGCUGAAGCUUUUCUAUGGGCAGUGCAGCUAGCAAGCCAAAUGCAUUUUAAGAAGGUGAUAAUUGAUGGUGAAAAAAAAAAGGAAAAUUGAAAAAUAGGGCUAGAAUUCUCUCACCUUCUCUUUUGAAAACCCCUCAAUUCCUUUAUUUGAAUCCCAAAUACCUGAGAUUUUACAUCAUCAAAGAAAUUGCAAUCCGCGAGAGGGUAUGGGCUGAACCUUAGGCUGCCAUCACAGCAGAAGAAGAAGCAUCAGCAGCAGAAGUCAACAAAGCUGCCUCGCCCACCUGCCUUUGGGUUUAACAACGAUGAUGAGGAUGAUGUGGAGAGUGAUAUUUCUCGGCAAGCUAGCAAGAAACAAGUCCCUCAAGGACAACUGAGGAACAGCAGAAGAAAGCCCUCAAAGAAGACCCCACUGUUUUUGAUUAUGACGGAGUUUAUGAUGACACGAAACUGAAAGCCAUUCAACCUCGAGUUCAAGAUCGUCAAGACAGAAUGCCAAGAUAUAUUCAGCUACUGAAAGAAAAAACAAAAGAACAAGAGAAAUACCGUGAGGUAGUGUAUUAGAGAAAAUUUGCGAAAGAGAGAAGCCAAGAUGACCACCUCUAUGCAGACAAGGACAAAUUUGUGACGAGUGCUUACAAAAAGAAACUUGAAGAGCAGAGAAUAUGGAUGGAGGAAGAACGUUGCGUGAACUUCGAGAGGCACAGGAUUAUGGUGUUAAGCAAGUCCUUGUGAAACUCGGGGCCAAAGGGUCUGCCUUAUCUGUUGAAGCUGAAGAGCCAAUUAAACAACCUCUCAUAUCAGCCCCAAAGGUCCUCGAUACCACUGGGGCUAGAGUUACUUUUACUGCAGCAUUUAUUGUGGCUCUUGUGGAGGGCAAGUCCAGAAAUGAAAGCUUGAAAUUUUCUGCUGCAGCUGCUUCUCUGUGUUCAAGUGAAGGGAGCUCUUCCUAGCAUGCCUGAUAGGAAAUCAGUUUUGGCUCUUCUUCAAUCUCAUUAAGGAACUAAGUUGUUCACGAAGGAAGAGUGUUUUAUGUUGAAGUUGAAGAUCUUAUCAGAAGUUUGGUCAAAGUUUUCAAUGAACAUUGAAGCUGUAUAAAAACCAGAACAGUCUCGCCUUCAAGCGCAAGAUUAUCGAUAUGGCAAAAACCAGCCCAAGAUCAGUUAAAGAUGAAUUGUGAUGCUGCUGUUGGGAUGGAGAACUCAUAUGUAGCAGUGGUAGUUAGAGAUUGGAGAGGUACAUUGGUUUUCGCUUUAUCAAAAAAAGUGAAUACCAAGGUCCCUGUCCAAGCGGAAGCCAAAGCUUUUCUAUGGGCGGUGCAGCCAGCAAGCCAAAUGCAUUUUAAGAAGGUGAUAAUUGAGGUUGAUACAAAGAAUUGUGUUCAAGCAGUGACCAACUGCUCAAUAUCAGUGCAUUGGAGAAUUGCUAACUUUGUUGAUGAAGUCAAAUUGCUUUCAGUAAAGCUUUGACAAGCUGGAGUUUAUGUGGGUGUAUAGGAAUUGCUUAUGAGGCUGCUCAUGUCUUGGCAAAGUGGUCUCUAUCAAACUCCUGUCCUAACUAUUUUGUUGAUUGGCUGGGUCCUCCCCUUUUUGUUAAUGUUAUUAGUAAGAAAGAACAGCCUAGGUAUGGUCGAGUUUGAA